AUGUCCAACCUCGCCAACAGCUGUCCAACCACGACGAUAAACGGCAUCAGGUACCACGCCGAGUACUCGUGUCCCUCGAGCCUACCCCUCUUCAAGUCGAGCAGCGACAUUCACUUCCAUUAUAGUCUCGAUGCCCUCACCAGGUGGUCGCCGUGGUUCGCGGACGCAGUCAAGAACCGCACGCUGCCACGCGGUACCGCGGAUCAACCAAUCAUUCUCGACAAGGCUGGGCACCAUGGCCUGGACCUCAUCUUUUGGGCCAUCAGCAUCUUGGAGGACUCGCUGCCAGGCGUUCCGCCCGCACCCAUCAGCAUGUGCCCGCAAGGUGUCGUCCUCAUCCAGUUCCUCGACAUGAUGCCGGUGUACUCCCUCCAACGCCUCGGCCGGGAGAUCGUCGGCAUGGUGUCAAAGCGAGAACUCCAAGCACACAAGCUCGAGUGGCUCAUCCUCGCCGCCGCAAGCAACUGCGAGGAGCUCGGCCCCCCCGCGCGCGCAUUCCUCCCCGCCAGGGUGGAUGACCAGAUUCACACGGUCGCCUGGGCGCAGCCCUAUUUCGAACUCUACCCCCACGUCAUGGCAUCGCUGUAUCAGAUCGAGUCCGAGUGGGAGCACCUGCUCAACAGGAGCACCGUGGCCGUAGCCAGGCUCCUGCAGCGAGUCCAGGCCGGCGCAUUCGACCUGUCCCGAGUACAGCGGAUCACGACCACCAAGACGCUCAUCAAGCUCCUGGCAGGCGACAAGACGUCAUUCCGAGCUUGGGCGGACAAGGAUGACGUGCGCAACUUGGGCGCCCUUCUGGAGUGGCAGGAAUCACUUGGAGUGGUGCCCGAGAUCAAGCUCAAGCUUUUUGAGAUCCAUUGGCCGCUCCAGAAGUGGCUUUGUGACCUGUGA